AUGAAUUUUUUGGUUUGGAAUGUCCGAGGCUUUUCGGACGAUUCUAAAUCUCUUCUUAAGGAGCGUUGUCGUUCCUUUUUGCCUUCUCUUGUAGGCAUUAUUGAGCCUAAGAAAAGCCUUCAGAAAGUUCGCCAGAGCUAUUGGAGAUCGAUUAAUUUGGUCCCUCGUCAUCAAAAUUGUCGACAGCCUCGGAGACCGAACAUCUGGUUGCUCACUAGUCCGAAUGUUCAGACCACAAUUCUGCUCUCCUCGGAUCAAGUCAUUAUUGCUGAUUGUGUUUGGCAAACAUACUUCUUUAGAGUUGCUGUUGUGCAUGGUGCGAAUGACCACGUUUCUCGACGUGCCUUGUGGACAGACCUUCUUUCUUUUGUUGAUGGGAACACGGUCUUUAUUGGCGACUUCAACGCCGUUAAGGGAGCUCAUGAGCGACGUAGUUUGGUGGCCCCUUUGAGAAGUUCUUGCAGCGAGUUUUGCGACUUCAUCGCGGCUUCGGAUAUGAUUGAAUCUCCUUCUUCUGGCAUUCACUUUACGUGGUCUGGUCGGAUUUUACUUCCUCGGCAUGUGGAGUCUAGAUUGGACAGGGCGUUUUUCUCCCUUGGUUUUGCGAAUUUGUGGGCUUCGAUUAACACCCAUGCGCUCCCAAGGCUUACCUCUGAUCACUCUCCCUUGAUUUUCCAAUGCAGCGAUGAGAUGGGUAAGGGGAGACGUUUCAAAUUCUUGAAUAUGUGGACUUCUCACCCCAACUUUCUUGAGCGAGUGGCGUCUUCUUGGGAUGCUGGGACUGACGUUCGUUGUCCUAUUUUUAAAAUCAUGUUCAAGCUCCGUCGUCUCAGAAAUGACCUCAGGGCGUGGAAUAAAGAUGUGUUUGGGCAGGUGGAUAUGCAGAUUAAUUCGGAGCAAGUCUCGUUGCUCGACGUGCAGAACAAGAUUUCUGACCAGGGUUACACGGACAUUCUUUUUGAGGAGGAGGUCAAUCAUCAAGCUCGGUUGUCUUCUUUGCUUGCCAGGAAGAACAGUCUUUUGAAACAAAAAAGUCGUGCGCACUGGCUUUCUGACGGAGACCGUAAUACUUCUUUUUUCCAUCGUGCUAUUCGCUUUCGAAAGCAAAGUCACAGGAUUGAGCACUUGAAGAUUGGCGAUGUAGUCUCGUAUGAUAGGGGGAAUAUUCAGCAGCAUAUUAUUGAUUUCUUUUCCUCUCUUUUUAAAGACGAAAGCCCCAGUAAUGUGAAUUGGGAUAUGCUGGAAGGUAUUAUUGAUAAAUUUGUGUCUGAGGAUCAGAAUGGGAAACUCACGCAUAUACCUGAUGAUGAGGAGAUUAUGGCUGCGGUUUUUAGCUUGGAUGCGAAUAGCUCGCCGGGUCCGGAUGGGUUUUCUGGGAAGUUUUUUCAGAGUUGUUGGAGCAUUAUACGACUGGAUAUUCUUUCUGCGGUGCGUGCUUUCUUCCUUAAUUCUUAUCUGCCUGCAGACUGCAAUGCUAGCAUCUUAAUUUUGAUCCCAAAAAAGGAUGUGGUGGAGACGGUGGCUGAUUUGCGACCUAUCAUUCUGUCAAAUUUCUUCUUUAAAAUUAUUUCCAAAAUCCUCGCUACCAGAUUGGGGGAAGUGGCGGCAGUUGGGGUGUCGCCAAACCAAUUUGGGUUUAUUGGAGGUCGUUCGAUUCAUGACUGUAUCAUGCUUGGCUCUGAAGGUUUUAGCUGCAUGAAUCGCACGGGCAAACGCUCGAAUAUGGCGUGCAAAGUGGAUAUUCGCAAAGCCUUUGAUACUAUGCGCUGGGACUUUAUUCUGAAUGUGCUCAGGGUUAAUGGUUUCCUUGGAAAGUUCAUUGAAUGGAUUUCCAUUAUCUUCAGUUCUGCCCGGAUUUCCAUUCUUUACAACGGGCAGUUGAGUGGCUACUUCGCUUGUUCCAGGGGAGUUAGGCAGGGUGAUCCUCUCUCUCCUAUUCUUUUUGGAAUUGCUGAUGAUGUUUUGAGUCACUUAUUCCUCACUUGUGUGACUUCUCGUCACAUUAUUUCCAUGGAUUUUAGCAGAAAGGCAUCUUUUCCUACUCAUUUGCUUUAUGCUGAUGACAUCUUGAUUUUCUGUAAGGCGUCGAUGAAAAACGCUCGCAAAAUCAAAGAAAUCUUGGAUUUCUAUGGUGAUAUUUCGGGACAAAUCUGUAACCCUGCUAAGUCUAACGUUUUCUUCGGGAGGGGCGUUUCUUGCAUUAUGAAGAAUCGUGUGAUUAAUGAGCUUGGCUUUGCGAGGGGAUCUUUGCCGGUUACCUACUUGGGAGUCCCGAUCUUCUCUGGUCGCAUGCGUGCUUCUUACUUGAUUGGUAUUUAUGAUAAGAUUGUCAACAAGUUUUCAAGUUGGAAGGGGCUUCACUUAUCUAUGGCUGGCAGAAUUUGCUUGGUUCGUUCUGUGAUUCAAAGUUCGGUAACGCACUCUAUGAUGAUAUAUAAAUGGCCUAAAUCCCUCAUCUAUAAACUGGAUAGGAAGUGCCGCAACUUUAUUUGGUCGGGACAUGUGGACAAAAAGCCUUCGUGCCCGGUAAGCUGGUCUAGGGUUUGCGCUUCUCGGUCGGAAAGUGGCCUCGGGGUUAGGUCUUUCUCGGCUAUGAAUAGAAGCUUCUUGAUGAAGAUGGCCUGGAAGCUUGUGCAAGGCCGAGACUUCGCCCCUUCGGUCAUGGCGACUCGCUACUUGUCGAAUUUUGGCUAUGCCAAGAUGUUCUUGGCUUCUUCUCCAUUUUGGACUGGCGUGAGGGAGCAUGUGAACUCCUUGGUGAUGGAUUCUUAUUCCUAUAUUGGCACUGGAGAACACAUUUAUUUCUGGCAUGACGAUUGGCUGGGUUACAAGUUGGCGGACAAGCUUCAUAUUCCGCCUUUUAUGAGAGACUUCCUGCAGCAAGCUGUGAGUGAUUACUUCUAUGAUGGUGUUUGGCAUUUCACUCCGGAUUUUAUUAUUCAGUUUCCUGAUCUUGUGGUGGAUAUUCUCUUGCUUCCAAUUGGGGAAGAGAGUGACACUCGCUUCUGGAAACCUUCUGUUAGUGGGGAGGUUUCGGCCUCUCUUGCCUAUGUUUCGCAGUCUCCGCAUUUUCCAAAAGUUCUUUGGGGCACUUGGAUCUGGGAGCGUUUUAUUCCUGACAGAAGAUUUCUUAUCACCUGGAGGAUUCUGCAUUUGAAGAUGCCGACUCUGGAUGGUCUAAUCAAAAGGGGCAUGCACGGCCCCAACAGAUGUGUGAUGUGUGGGUUGGCUGAGGAGUCUAUUGACCACUUGUUCUGGAAUUGCAGUGUUAUCCGGCAGACUUGGGUGGUUUUCUUUGAUUGGUUUGCCAAAUCGCACAUGCUGGACUGCUUGGAUAUUCAUAGCAUGUUAGCUGCUGCAUGGAACACUGAUUUCAGUCCAUUGGUUCGGUCCUACUGGAAAGCUGGGGUGAUUAAUUUUAUUUGGAAAAUUUGGGAUUGCCGCAAUCAAGUGACUUUUAAUGAUGCUAGUUUCCACCCGAAUAUGAUUCUUGGGCUCCUGAAAGUUGCGUUUAAGGAGAUGGAUUCCAAUUUCCCUAAGCUUGGGCGUUCUAAUAACUCUUGGCAAGAUUAUUUGGUGCUUAGGCAAAUUGGGGUCGCUAUGCGCGCUGUUUCGCCCCCUAUGAUGAUUGAGGUUCACUGGUGGCCACCGGCGGGGCAGUGGAUUAAAGUCAAUACUGACGGUUCGGCACUUGGGAAACCUGGGAGCAUUGCUGCGGGCGGUGUGUUCCGCGAUAACUGGGGUGCGGUUCGCGGUUGUUAUCACUAUAAAGGGGGUUCGGGGUUCGCUUUUGAAGCGGAGCUUUUCGCGAUCAUGCAUGCUGUUCGAAUUGCGAAUUCUCGUGGUUGGCAUUGGCUUUGGAUUGAAGCAGACUCGUCUUAUGUUGUCCAGCUUCUUCAAUCUCGUUCUCUGAAUGUUCCCUGGCGUUUUCUACCGCUCUGGAAACAGACUUUAAAUUGGCUUUCAACUUUUCGAAUUCAGAUCUCGCAUAUUUAUAGAGAAGGAAAUAGUGUGGCGGAUAUUAUGGCUAAUCAUGCCCGGAUCGAAGGGUGGUGGCCCUUUGCUAUUGAGGAUAUUAAGAUUGCGGUUUCUUUGGAUAUGGCGACUCAUAGUCGCGUUCGUAUGAAGAAUUGA